AUGGCUAACUUCAAUGGUUUAUUGCUUUUAAGCCUUGCUCUAUUGUUUGCCUUGGCUGGAGCAACUCAGUACAAAGUUGGUGGCUCAAUGGGUUGGACCGUGCCGACCGAUCCGAAUUCAAUGUCUUAUAAUCAAUGGGCGGAAAAACAUCGGUUUCGGAUCGACGAUUCAUUAUUAUUCGUGUACCCACCUGACAAAGACUCAGUUCUCCAAGUAGAUAAGCUCGCCUACAACAACUGCAGCACCUCAUCAUACAUAGCCAAAUUCGAUGAUGGCAACACAGUCUUCACCUUCAACAUGUCAGGUCUCUUCUACUUCAUCAGUGGAGUCGAGAAGAAUUGCAUCAGGAAUGAAUCUUUGAUUGUUGAAGUCAUGGCAGAUAGAAGCACCCCUUCAGCAUCUCAUUCUCCACCGCCAUCGCUAGAAUCUCUCUCUCCUCCUUCGUCGAUGGAGGCUCCACCAUCACCUGCUCCUGCAGUAGAGGUUUCUACUCCUCCCCCUCCUAGUGGAGCAUCUGUGAAGUUGGUAAGCUUCAUGGGCUUACUUGGAGGUGGUGUUGGAUUGUUGUUAUUUGUUUUGUAA